CGCGCCGGGAGCGCGCCCUGCGGAUGACAACAAACUCGUGGCGCGGCUGUGGCGGCAGCGGCGGUGGCGGUGUCCCCGGCCUCAGGCCCUGACGUCUCUUCGCGCGUUCUCUCGCACCCUCUCUCUGUGCCGACGAGGACCCCCACCUCGGAAGUCCCCGGGCUUGGGGCGACGCGGGCUCCUCCGCGCCUCGUCCCCGCCAGGCCUCGCGCGAGCGGCGCGGCACAGUCGAUGGGGUGUUCCUGAGGGGUUCCCGGCGCCGAGCGGGCAUGGAGGGGCCUCCCCGGGCUUAGGCUCCGCCGCAGCCUGGGCUCGCCGGCCGGGACCCGAGACGCCGCCGCCGCCUGGAGCCGGAGCCCUAGCCCGGGAGCCCAGGCCGGAGCCGCCCGCAGCCCCCGCCGGCCCAGCGGCCAGCCCUCAUUAUGCCGUGGCCGUUUUCCGAGUCCAUCAAGAAGAGGGCCUGUCGGUACCUCCUGCAGAGGUACCUGGGCCACUUUCUGCAGGAGAAGCUGAGCCUGGAGCAGCUCAGCCUGGACCUGUACCAGGGCACCGGGUCUCUCGCUCAGGUCCCGUUGGACAAAUGGUGUCUCAAUGAGAUCCUGGAGUCAGCAGAUGCGCCUUUAGAAGUCACUGAAGGAUUCAUACAGUCAAUUUCUCUGUCAGUUCCAUGGGGCUCCUUGCUGCAGGAUAAUUGUGCACUGGAAGUGAGAGGAUUAGAAAUGGUCUUCCGACCCAGACCUCGCCUAGCAACUGGUUCUGAGCCUAUGUAUUGGUCAAGUUUUAUGACCAGCAGUAUGCAAUUGGCAAAAGAAUGUCUUAGCCAGAAGCUAACAGAUGAACAAGGAGAAGGAUCCCAGCCUUUCGAAGGACUUGAAAAGUUUGCUGAAACCAUUGAAACAGUACUAAGAAGAGUAAAAGUCACUUUUAUAGACACUGUCUUGAGAAUUGAACAUGUGCCAGAAAAUUCCAAAACUGGAACUGCACUUGAAAUUCGAAUAGAAAGAACCAUGUACUGUGAUGAAACUGCUGACGAGUCCUCAGGAAUUAAUGUACAUCAGCCCACAGCUUUUGCUCACAAGCUACUUCAGCUGUCUGGAGUGUCUCUCUUCUGGGAUGAGUUUUCUGCAUCAGCAAAAUCUUCCCCAGUGUGUUCAACUGCACCAGUGGAAACUGAGCCAAAGCUGUCACCUAGUUGGAAUCCCAAAAUUGUUUAUGAGCCACACCCACAGCUAACUAGAAAUUUGCCAGAGGUAGCACCCUCUGACCCAGUGCAGAUUGGAGGGCUAAUUGGUAGGUUGGAGUUGAGUCUCACAUUGAAACAGAAUGAAGUACUUCCUGGAGCUAAGUUGGAUAUUGAUGGACAGAUAGACUCUAUACAUUUAUUCCUGUCACCAAGGCAGGUGCACUUGCUUUUGGAUAUGUUAGCAGCUAUUGCUGGACCAGAAAAUUCAAGCAAAAUCGGGUUAGCUAACAAAGAUAGAAAAAACCGACCCAUGCAGCAAGAAGAUGAAUAUCGAAUUCAAAUGGAAUUAAACCGAUAUUAUUUGAGGAAAGACUCUCUCUCUGCGGGUGUAUCCUCAGAGCAGAGCUUUUAUGAGACAGAAACAGCUCGUACACCUUCUAGCCGGGAAGAAGAAGUUUUCUUCUCCAUGGCUGAUAUGGACAUGUCCCAUAGUCUCUCUUCCCUUCCACCCCUUGGGGAACCCCCAAAUAUGGACCUUGAGUUAUCACUAACUAGCACAUAUACAAACACCCCAGCAGGAUCUCCGUUAAGUACUACCGUGCUUCAGCCAACGUGGGGAGAUUUCCUUGAUCACCAUAAAGAACAGCCAGUAAGGGGGCCGGCAUUACCGUCCAACCUCGUUCUCCCAGCAUCUUUACAGAAGGCUGCUUUCCCCUCUAGAUCUGUUUUAGUGGAUGAAUCCAGGCCUGAACUUAUUUUUAGACUAGCUGUGGGAACUUUUUCAGUCUCUGUGCUUCACAUCGAUCCUUUAUCUCCACCUGAAACGUCAAUGAACCUUAAUCCAUUGACACCUAUGGCGAUAGCUUUCUUUACUUGUAUAGAGAAGAUUGAUCGAGCAAGAUUUUCGACAGAAGAUUUUAAGUCUUUUCGAGCAGUAUUUGCAGAAGCUUGCUCACAUGAUCACCUUAGAUUUAUAGGUACUGGCAUCAAAGUAUCCUACGAACAAAGACAAAGAUCAGCUUCUCAGUAUUUCAGUACUGAUCUGUCCAUUGGGCAAAUGGAACUUUUGGAAUGCCUGUUUCCGACUGAUUUUCAUUCUGUUCCUCCUCACUAUACAGAGCUUUUAAUGUUCCAUUCCGAAGAACGAACUGAUUCUCCUCCCCCUGUGUGUCUUCAGCUUCAUUAUAAGCAUUCUGAGAAUAAAGGACCCCAGGGUAGUCAAGCAAGACUUAGUUCUGUUCCUCAGAAGGCAGAAUUACAAGUUAAGUUAAAUCCGGUGUUUUGUGAGCUGGAUAUCAGUAUCGUGGACAGGUUAAAUUCCUUGCUUCAGCCACAGAAACUCACUACAGUGGAGAUGAUGGCAUCGCACAUGUAUACGUCAUAUAAUAAGCAUAUUAGUCUGCACAAAGCUUUCACUGAAGUGUUUCUAGAUGAUGCACAUAAUCCUGCAAAUUGUCGGAUAUCAAUUCAAGUUGCCACGCCAGCAUUAAACCUUUCUGUUCGCUUCCCAAUACCUGAUCUUCGAUCAGAUCAAGAGAGAGGACCAUGGUUUAAGAAGUCACUUCAGAAGGAGAUUCUUCAUUUAGCAUUCACAGAUCUAGAAUUUAAGACUGAAUUUCUAGGAGGAUCAACCCCUGAACAAGUUAAACUGGAACUUACCUUUAGAGAACUAGUUGGGUCAUUCCAGGAAGAUAAAGGAGAACCAUCUAUUAAGUUUUUCCACGUGGCUAGUGGAGGGGAUGGAGACACGGCGUCGUCAGAUGACUUUGACUGGCCACGAAUUGUACUGAAAAUAAACCCGCCAGCCAUGCAUUCCAUUUUGGAGAGAAUAGCAGCUGAGGAAGAAGAAGAGAGUGAUGGCCACUAUCAGGAAGAAGAGGAAGGAGGUGCUCAUUCCCUGAAAGACGUUUGUGAUCUGAGAAGACCAGCCCCGUCUCCCUUCUCUUCUCGUAGAGUAAUGUUUGAAAAUGAACAGAUGGUGAUGCCAGGAGACCCUGUAGAAAUGACAGAGUUUCAGGAUAAAGCAAUCAGCAAUUCUCACUAUGUGCUGGAACUUACAUUACCCAACAUUCACAUAACACUACCUAAUAAAAGCUUUUAUGAGAAGCUUUAUAACAGGAUCUUUAAUGAUUUGCUGCUAUGGGAACCAACAGCUCCUUCACCAGUAGAGACAUUUGAAAAUAUUUCAUAUGGUAUUGGGCUUUCAGUAGCCAGUCAACUGAUUAAUACCUUCAACAAAGAUAGUUUUAGCCCAUUUAAGUCUACGGUUCACUAUGAUGAGGAAAGUGGAUCUGAGGAGGAGACUUUGCAGUAUUUUUCUACUGUUGAUCCCAAUUAUCGUUCGCGUAGGAAAAAAAAACUAGACUCUCAGAACAGGAACUCGCAGAGUUUUCUCUCAGUUCUUCUGAGUAUUAAUCAUGGAUUAAUGGCAGUGUUUACAGAUGUAAAGCAGGAUAAUGGAGAUCUGUUGGAAAACAAGCAUGGUGAAUUCUGGUUAGAAUUCAACAGCGGUUCGUUAUUUUGUGUGACGAAAUAUGAAGGUUUUGAUGACAAGCACUACCUCUGCCUUCACUGCAGCAGUUUCAGUCUCUACCAUAAAGGCAUAGUGGAUGGAGCAGUUCCUUCUACAGAAACACGACUGCCCAGUUCAACCCGCCCACACUGGUUAGAACCUACUAUUUAUUCCUCUGAAGAAGACGGCCUUACUCGAACUUCUUCAGAUGGUGUUGGAGGAGACACUUUGAAUAUGCUCUCUGUUGCAGUUAAAAUAUUGUCUGAUAAGUCAGAGUCUAAUACAAAGGAGUUUCUCAUUGCUGUAGGACUGAAGGGAGCCACUCUGCAGCAUAGAAUGCUUCCUUCUGGGCUUAGCUGGCAUGAGCAGAUUUUAUACUUCUUGAAUAUUGCUGAUGAACCUGUUCUGGGAUACAGUCCUCCAACUGCAUUUACGACCUUUCAUGUGCAUCUCUGGAGCUGUGCACUUGACUAUAGGCCUCUUUAUUUGCCAAUCCGAUCUCUUCUUACUGUUGAAACAUUCAGCAUUUCAAGUAGUGUUGCCUUGGAUAAAUCAUCUUCUACUCUCAGAAUAAUCUUGGAUGAAGCUGCUUUACACCUGUCUGACAAGUGUAAUACUGUCACUGUAAAUUUGAACAGAGAUUACGUUCGUGUGAUGGAUAUGGGGCUUUUGGAAUUAACCAUAACUGCAGUGAAGUCUGAUUCUGAUGGAGAACAAACUGAGCCACACUUUGAAUUACACUGCUCAAGUGAUGUUGUGCAUAUCAGAACGUGCUCGGACUCUUGUGCUGCACUAAUGAAUCUCAUUCAGUACAUUGCAAGCUAUGGGGACUUACACGCGGCUAACAAGGCGGAUGUGAAGCCUGGUGCCCCUCAAAGAAAGAUAAAGGUAGAUUCCGUUGGUCGGUCAUCCUCACGUGGUCCAGUCCUUCCUGAAGCAGAUCAGCAAAUACUGCGAGAUUUGAUGAGUGAUGCUAUGGAGGAGAUUGACACACAAGAGGCUGCUUCGUCUGUAAAACCACAAUCUAAUGGUGUUUUGGAUGAAAAAUCUCAAAUUCAGGAGCCAUGUUGUUCAGACCUCUUCCUGUUUCCCGAUGAGAGUGGAAACGUGUCCCAGGAGCUUGGCCCCACUUAUGCCUCAUUCACACACCACUUGAUUAGUGAUGCAAUGACAGGCAUGCCCACGGAAAAUGACGACUUUUGCAUUCUUUUUGCACCAAAAGCAACUAUUCAGGAGAAGGAAGAAGAACCAGUUGUAAGAAUAAUGGUUGAUGAUGCAAUUGUGAUAAGAGAUAAUUAUUUUAGUCUGCCUGUUAAGAAGACAGAUACAAGCAAAGCCCCGUUGCACUUUCCCAUUCCUGUAAUUCGGUACCUCGUUAAAGAAGUCUCUCUUGUUUGGCAUCUUUAUGGAGGAAAAGAUUUUGGAACAGCCCCUCCUACUUCUCCAGCUAAAAGUUAUAUUAGUCCCCACAGCUCACCUUCUCACACAUCUACGAGACAUGGGCGUAAUACAGUAUGUGGGGGAAAAGGAAGGAACCAUGACUUUUUAAUGGAAAUACAGUUAAGCAAGGUGAAGUUUCAGCAUGAGGUCUACCCUCCAUGCAAACCAGAAUGCGAUUCUAGCCUCUUGGAACACCCGGUCUCCCGGCAGGUGUUCAUCGUGCAGGAUCUUGAAAUUCGAGAUCGUCUGGCAACAUCACAAAUGAAUAAGUUUUUGUACCUGUAUUGUAGUAAAGAAAUGCCUCGAAAAGCUCAUUCCAACAUGUUGACAAUUAAAGCAUUACACGUGCGCCCAGAGUCUGGCAGGUCACCACAGGAAUGCUGCCUCAGAGUGUCAUUAAUGCCACUUCGCCUCAAUAUUGACCAGGAUGCCUUGUUCUUCCUGAAGGAUUUCUUCACAAGUCUUUCUACAGAAGUAGAGCUUCUCACGGCUCCAGAUCCAGAAGUUAAAAAGUCUCCUGGAGCUGAUGUCACCUGCAGUUUGCCAAGGCAUUUAAGCACUUCAAAGGAGCCAAAUCUAGUUAUUUCUUUCCCUGGGCCAAAGCAACCUUCCCUAAAUGGCAGUGCCAGUUCAGUGCACAUGGUCAAUGGGGAAGAGAAGGCCUUCACUGAAGAAGUGUCGUUUAGUGAUCAGCCUGUGUUUUUUAGAGAGUUUAGAUUCACGUCAGAAGUUCCUAUCCGACUUGAUUAUCAUGGCAAACAUGUGUCAAUGGAUCAGGGAACAUUAGCUGGGAUUUUGAUUGGUCUGGCCCAGUUAAACUGCUCUGAACUAAAGCUGAAGAGGCUUUUCUAUCGGCAUGGUUUGCUAGGUGUUGACAAAUUAUUCUCGUAUGCAAUCACCGAAUGGCUUACUGACAUUAAGAAGAAUCAGCUGCCAGGAAUUCUGGGUGGCGUUGGGCCUAUGCAUUCACUAGUACAAUUAGUGCAAGGCCUAAAGGACUUGGUGUGGUUACCAAUUGAGCAGUACCGGAAGGAUGGCCGCAUUGUCAGAGGAUUUCAGAGAGGUGCUGCCUCCUUCGGCACCUCGACAGCGAUGGCUGCUCUAGAACUCACAAACAGAAUGGUUCAAACCAUACAGGCGGCAGCAGAGACUGCUUAUGACAUGGUGUCUCCUGGUACCCUUUCUGUCGAGCCCAAGAAGAUCAGAAGGUUCCCUCAUCACCGCUUAGCCCACCAGCCAGUGGACCUGAGGGAAGGUGUGGCCAAGGCCUACAGUGUAGUGAAGGAGGGACUCGCAGACACGGCUCAGACCAUUUACGAAACCGCAGCUCGGGAACACGAGAGCAGAGGCGUGACAGGUGCCGUGGGCGAAGUCCUGCGCCAGAUCCCUCCCGCCGUGGUGAAACCUCUGAUCGUUGCCACAGAAGCAACGUCAAACGUGUUAGGUGGCAUGAGAAACCAAAUUAGACCAGACGUUCGGCAGGACGAGUCACAGAAAUGGCGCCACGGGGAGGACUGACGUUUCCGACAUGGUUCUUUACGAAGAUAGUGAUGGUGGAGAUAAGGCACAGAGUGCCCCACUGGCAGCCUUAGAGGGGCUCAUUUAAUUUUGUUAUCCUCAUCUCAGGAACAAAACCAUUUCUUAGUGAAAUAAUUUAGUAUCAAAACAACAUGCAACCAAAACCUUUUGACAUUUUAGGGCUGUUGUGGUACUUGCCUGUAGAAAUGUUUGGUGGCUGGUGUCAAAAGUCCGUAAAGCAUUUGCUGCCAAGUUAGUGGAAUGCUUGCUUUUAUUAAAAUGACUGUAAUUUUCCUAGUUACAGAUGAGCUAUCAUUGGAAACCUCCUUUUACAGUACAGAGUGCUCAGAAACAUUUGAGCACUUUGAAAGCACUAUUUAUGUUGCUCCAAGGAGUCGAUUUUUCUCUGGGUUUAAAGAGAAUCACAGCUUCAGAACUUUCAUUGAAAAUGAGAGACAGAAGCCACAGGGAAGGUAAAGCAAAUAGGAUUUUUAAUAUAAAUAUCAGUGAGGACAAAAUAACCUAGUCUGUUGGAUUUAGUGUUCAGGCACUCGAAAACAACACGGAGAACAACAUCGUUUCCGUUUGCUCAGAAAAUCCUCCUGUGGAAGUUUGAGAACGUGAAUGUCUGUUGCAGACUUGUUCUGUUGUGUUGCACUUUAUUGUGUGUGUGUGUCUGUGUGCGUGCGUGUUUAGAUGAAUACAAGUCAUGUGCUAUAUUCUACAUGUAAUUUACAGACAAAAUAUAAAGAGGGGUAGGUCUGAAGAUUUUUGGCAAAGGAAGGUAACUCAAAUGUAAUAACUUUCAUUCAUUCUAAGUGUAAAUGAAAAUGUGCAUUCUAUAAUGAACUGGGGCCCAUAUAAUUGUUUAUAUAUUCAGCUUUAAGCAAGUAGAGUGCAAGCUUACUAGGAAUGUGUGGGAAGGGAGAUUGAAAGUGGUUUUUACUCUUUUGAAAUUAACCAAAAAUCCUCCAAAUAUGCCCUAGUCAGCUAUUUCGAAGUACCAUUUUUACUUGGUUAACAGUGUACAUUUUGAUAACCUGUCAGGAAUGAAUAAAGUAUUUUUAUUUAAAGUUGGAAUUGUUUUAUGCUUCCAUGAAUAUUUUGCUUCUCUUAGAGCAUAUUCAUAGAUGCAGUGCUAGGAUUUAUUCCAAAAUCCUUGCGAACACUUUCUCAAAGUUGAUUUUGGUUAAUAUCAAGUAAAUCGUUACCUAAGAGGGAGAGGGAAACUGUUCUCAAGAACUCAGUCUCUGACUUUAGAUUAAUCUAGCAGAAAGAAAAUAUAGGGCUUUGCAUUCUUCCACUGUUUAAAGUUGAAUGACUCUCAUUUUCUAAAGUAGGGGGAUGUCAUCGAGGUUAAUUUGGAUUUCAGAACUACUUUCAGUUUGGGGUUUGGAAAAUGACAUCAAAUCAGUUUCAUUCUUUAAACUUUCUAAACAAGAAAGCAAAUAUUCCUCCCAAAAGAUAAGGACCCAUUGAGAAUUUUCUGGGAAUAGGUCUCUUUAUGGUGUUGAAACUUUAUAUAUAGUUGAGAAGUUCUCUCUCCAAAGCACCAGAUGUUUUCUUUAAUAAAGUUAAAAUAUUUUUCCUGUAAAAACUGAAACAUGUAGAGAAGUAUAAUAAAGUAGUAAAUGAUAAAAAAAAGCACAUGUAAAUCCAAAAUCUGAACAUUUAAAAUUCAUAAAAUUAUGUUAAAUACCAUUUAAUUUUAUUUGUCUUCUUUUUACUGCUGAAAAACUUAAAAGGAUAGUGUUGAAGCAUCGCAGGACCAUUUAUUACUCAGCCCCGGGUAGAUGGAGUCCACCUAGAAUGGGGUCCUGAGUAAACACUAGCCAUGGCUGUUUAUUAUGUGAAGCUUUAGCCUGCUUCUGUGGCAAUUUCCAGGCAUCCUUGCACCAACACCAGUAUUUUCCCUUAUAAGGGAACGUGCUGUGUGUGAUAUCUAUGAUGAUUAAUCAAACUGGAAGACACUUGCUCAAAUUAAAAAAUAUAAAAUCUUUCACUUUUAUUUUCCAUGCUAUAUCUAAUUGAACUUAAGUAAUUUGUAUCAGGAGAAAUAAUCAUCACUUCUUUGUUCUCUGAGUUGCAAAUGGACCCAUUUUUUGACAAACUGGGUUUAUAAGUCCCAUUUAAAUGCAUAUCUUUAUAACGUGACUUCCAUGGCUCUCGAGUUCUGCCCUCCUGCACCUGUGUUUGAUAGGAUCUAUGUCUGGGAACAGAAACCUUGUGUCUCAGGAAGACUGUGUCAAGGGUCUACGCCUCGCCCGUUUAACCAAGAUGCUCUUUACUUGAGACGUUCACAUAGAGGACCUUUCUGUAUUUGAACACAGGCAUUGUUAAAUGUCCUCGAUUUUUUCUCCUUUAAUAGUUUCUUUUCGAACUUUUAUGUCCCGACGACACAGUAAAGAGUGUUGUCAGGAUCCUUGUGUCGCAGGUCUGUGACUUACCACGCAGGUGACUUUGCCAAGACAUUGAGCUUCUCUAAGCCUCAGGGUCCAUCUCUGUAAACAAAGCCCAGCAGAGAUUUUCGGAUGAUGAGAGAGUGUGUGCGUGUGUGUGCAUGCGUGUGAGUGACGCUGUGGGAUGUGGCGCUCGGUUGAGUGCCCCAGGCUGGGGACACCUGGGACGGGUGGCAUUGUCGAGCAGGAAGCACUGGCCACAUCACACCCACGGUAGCCACGGCUCCCUCAGAUCUCGGAGCUCUUAUUGAGAGUGAUGUAUUUCUGAAUGGCCAUGGUGCCUUCAAGGCUGACUUCUGAAUGGGGUAGACUGAGCAUGUUCACAUAUUGCUGCAUUGAGUCUGUGUACGUAUCUUCCCGAGGGGUCCAGGUAAGCAAGCUUGAUCAGGAUGCGUCCGUGAGUCUCAGAACCUCACGGUAUUACAGGAACACAUUCAGACCACCUUACAUUAUAAAGGCAGCAGAAGCCAUGGAGACGUCUUCCUCUUGAUUAGGGCUGAUUUGGGUUCCCCAGUUUCCCUUUCUGUCUGUCCACAGAUUGCUGUUAUUUACAAGUAUAAUGUUCGCUCAACACUUGCCUUUUAGGACAGGUAGCAUGCAAUGUUUUUUCUAGACAUCAUAGCGAAGACUUUCAUUUUAGUAAAGCUUGGGUCCAAUUUGGAUUCCCACUUAAGCACAUAUAUUUAACAUCAAUAUUUUUAUAAUGCAGAACUCACUUUAAGAAAAAAAUAAAUCUUCCCAAGUAGCAGUGUGCCUAAAAUGGGGAAAAGACUAAAAACCAGUAUUUCUUGUUUCCUGCUAUGUGUCACUUUUAAAUGCUAUUGAAAUAUUUCCAGCUGCUAAGGGAGUCACUUUUUAACCAUCUCCUUUAAAAACUGUGCUCUGUAGGUAUGGUGCCUUUGUUCAGUUCCCAAACGGUCCAAACAACUAUGUCUGCUCCUCGGGGGCUACUCGCCGCCCUCGGGUGCUGUUGGUUCUGGUUCCGUGCACCCUGUGUGCUCUCAGAGAUGAGAGACAGAGGGCGGAGGCAGAGUUAAGCAGUUUUAAAUGAGGAAACCACACUUGCACUGAGUAGUUUUAGGAUUAAUUAAUUGUCUUAACAUUAAUUUAGAUCUUGUCUUUGUAAAAAGCUGCGGGACUCGGCUUAAGAGGAAUCAUUUAACUUUGCUUUGCUUCAGUUUUCUCACACCUGCAUGGGGUGUAAUUCCUCAGCGUUGUGGAGAGUAUGGCAGGGCUCGUGGUCUGUGGUGAGCAACCUAUUCCCUAUUUUCCUUCACAUCCUCUUGACCUAAAGACAUGAGAGAAAAUGUCCAUGAAGUUCUUUAAGCUUCUAGAACGUAAAGGCCUGUGCAAGUACAAAGUGAUACUUUGUAUCUACAAAUGCAUCAACUGGACUUACCUAUUGGUACCAAAUUGAAUAAAUCAAAUAUCAAUUUGUGAGCCUUGCCUUAAAAAGGAAGGUUAUUUGGAUGGUGUAUAGAUAAUGAAGGAAAAAAAAAUUGUUUUCCAUUACUGAGAAAUCUUAUUUCUGUUUACUGGAAGAUAUAGUCAGCCUUUUCGUUGAGCAUAACUGAGUGCUUUAAUGCCAAUUUAUUUUUAUGUCCGUAGUUUCGGGAUCGUGCUAGGCUCUGCUCCCUUUAGUAGACUUUACAUGCACAGUUGCAAGUCAGCCAGUUUUAAUAAGUAUUUUCCUUUCAUCGUAGUGUCUGCAAAUCACAAAGGUAGAGAAGGCAUUCUAACACACCACGAUCAGCUUCUUUGAGGAUGAGAAAUUUAAGUGAAUUUCAACAAUUCAUAUUUUGAAAUGUCAGCAAUUUUUAAAAACACAGUGUUAGACAUUUUUGCCUCCUGUAACUAGUGUUGGCCCCUAGGUUUCAAGCAUGUCGCUUUAUAGAAGGCACCGGAGUGCUAUCUGAUGUAUUUCAAGAGAUGGUAGAUGUGAUGUUGUCAGACUCAGGACACCUCUAAUACUCUGGGGGGUUGAACUAGCAGCCCCUCCUUUAAGAAAUAUGUUUACUUUGCUAUUUCACAUGUAUUUUGUGUAUAUAAAAUGGCAGCUUCCAAUUUCUAGUUGGAUUUGUCUUACGCUAUUUGUGUAACUGGCCAGUCACACAGGACUGUUUGCUUUUUCAUUGCGAAAUUGGGUAGGGAUGCCAAUUCAGCUCUCAUGUUAAUCCAUCCUGAUUUAUUUUAGACAUCGAAUUGAUCUCACCACGAGUAAAUAUGUAUAUGUUGACUGUCGUUGCUAAGUUUCCUAAUGGAGGUAAUUAUAGAUGUGAAUACUUUAAGAAUACUGAUGCUGUAUGAAUAUUUUUGUGGAAAUGUUAACUUGUUAGUGACUUAAGUAUUAUGAAUUUAAGAAUACUCGAAGAAAAUUAAAAUAUUUACUCUUUGGAGUUUGUUGUAAACACUGUUGUCUGUCACCAAGAAAUGUUCCCUGUACAAAAAGCCUGUAUAAAAUACUUUUUGAGACAGAGGGUAGGUCUGUGUCAGAUCCUGUUAUUGGGAAAUGGUGUCCCUAUGAUCCUGGCGUCAGUACUUCUAAUAGCAAAUCUUAUAGCUACCUGCUGCCAAUUUCUGAGAAAUAUAGAGCAUAUAAUGUUAGAAUUUGCCACUCCUUCCCCCUUUGGGAUAUUAAUCACUGCGUUAGUUAUCUUAUCUCUACAAUGUAAACUUGCAGCAAACACAUGUUUUAGUUUUGGUCUUAGGGAUCUAGAUAAAUACUUGAAAAAUCCGUUCUUUUUUGGAGGAAUAUUAUUACUUAUGAAAGGAAUAUUUAAAAGAAAUAUUCUUAAAGACAGUAUUUUAAAAGAAGUUUUGAUGUGACAGAUGUCAUUAUAUGACCAUCUGCUUUGAGCAGUCAGGGAAAAAUCAUGUCACAACACACUCCACACAUGACUCUUGGAGGAGAGAGGGAGGGGCAACUUUGUGAGGUGCUUGCUUUGAGCCAGAAAUUGUAUGCUCUAUACAUAACCUCAAAGCCCCUCUGAGGGGGCGGUUAUAA